CCCUAAUUUCCCAAUAGUUGUCCUCUUUGAAAUCAUAUUUAAACCCUUCAAAGAAGCUGAAUAAAACAAAACAAGCACCAACACUAACAUUACAAAUCCAAAACACCAGUUCAGAAAAAAAAAAAAAAAUCAAGAACCAAGAUGAAAAAUGGAGGAAACAGGGCGUAAAGGAGUUACAUUUCCAGGUUUUGAGAUGAGUGUUCACAACGACGACUGUGUAUUCCGGCGAUCUUUAAGCUGCCGUCUUCAGAGACGAGCUCCUUGUCCUCUCUUAUUACCACCAAGACCUCCUCCUUCCGCCGUAGCUCCUUCGGCGUCUGCGUCUGAGCUCUGUCAAAACGGCACAGAUCCAAUCCCUCUAUUGUCCCCACUUGUUCUUCCUUCCAUGCUUCAACCUAAUCCCACCACGACCUCUCGUUGACUCUUUCUCUUUCCAAUCUCUUAGGUUUUUGUUUUCUUUUUUCCUGUAAUAACAAUGUUCUCAACUCACUUAUCUACUUUUUCUUGGAUAAUUUUUGUUUUUAUUUGAUUUUUUUCAUAAUCUAGAUUAAUAAAAUGUCAUUGUCUCUAUUCAGAUUCA